AUGGACCAGAAAUUGGAGUUGAUAUUUCCGUUGGCUACGUCAUCGUCUACAACAUCGUCGCUGAUCAAGCGCAAAUCCGACUCAGUUCGCAUCGCGGACAUUGGAAAUGUGUCUGUGCUCGGUACACAACAUUCAAAAGUGCGACAGCUCUUCGCCGACGAAGUGUUUCUCGAUGGCCUUUGGAACAGCCAGAAGACUUUCGCCGAAUGGAAUUUCACCGCCUUUGGCCAAGGCGGAUUCAACUUCCUCAAUCUAUCAGUGAGUGACCUCAUGAAAGCAGAGUUGGUGAAAGUCGUAUAUGUUGGCCCCACUACCGCUUGCGAGCGUAAGGCCGUUCUGGAGAUACAACGCAACAAAAUGCUGUGGAGUCAGGACGUCGACCUCACCAAACUCGUCAAGGAGACAGUAGGCGCUAGCGCAGCGCCAUUGAAAGCACCGUGUCAAUCUGCAGCGAUUCAAGCCAUGCAGCGGAUACCUGUCGACGCGCCGGUAGAAGACCUUGUACGACAAGGUUGA